GAAACGAAACGGCGAAGGCACCACCAGGCACAGCCGCACCAACCAUGGACGCCGGCGGCGCGCGUCCAUCGGCACCGUCGGCCGCCGCCGCCGCCGCUGCCGGGGCCGGGGGCGCCUCCGGCGCGGACGAGCCCCGGGACGCGCGGGUGGUGCGGGAGCUCCUGCGCUCGAUGGGGCUCAACGAGGGCGAGUACGAGCCCCGCGUAGUGCACCAGUUCCUGGACCUGGCCUACCGCUACGUCGGCGACGUGCUCGGGGACGCCCAGGUCUACGCCGACCACGCCGGGAAGACCCAGAUCGACGCCGACGACGUCCGCCUCGCCAUCCAGGCCAAAGUCAAUUUCUCCUUCUCGCAGCCGCCGCCGCGCGAGGUUCUCCUUGAGCUGGCACGCAACCGGAACAGAAUCCCGCUGCCCAAGUCAAUCGCUCCUCCUGGCUCGAUUCCCCUGCCACCAGAGCAGGACACACUGUUGGCUCAGAAUUACCAACUCCUGCCACCAUUGAAGCCGCCGCCUCAAGUUGAGGAGACGGAGGAUGACAUCGAAGAAACCAACCCUAGUGUGACCCCAAACCCUGGAAAUCCCAAUCCAAACUACUCCCAGGAUCAGAGGGGUAACGAGCAACAGCACACAUCUCAGCAUGGUCAGAGGGUUUCUUUCCAACUCAAUGCCGUGGCAGCUGCCGCUGCCGCUGCAAAGCGUCCUCGGAUGACCAUUGACCAGCUGAACAUGGGCUAACCGUUUGCUGUCAGUUGGAUUGUAGCAUCUCUUUUCUCUUUCUACUAAUAGUCUGCUUGUUUUGAAAUUAGUGUUACAUUCGUAUGUUUUUAUCGAGUAGCCACGAGAUAGUACAGCAACCGCACGUCGCCCUUGGAAAGGAACUGUUCUAGUAUUGUAUGCUGUACCUGGUUCACUACUCACUAGAGGUUAAAUUUCUACUGCAAUGUUAUCUGGGCCUGCACGCUCUUUGCAUCA